GGCCUUGCCCCGCCCCCCCUCCUCACCCCUAUAUAAGGCUCCCCGGGGGGGGGCUGGGGGGCUCUGGUGGGUUUGGGGCUGGAGCUGGGUCCUGGCUGCUCCUGCCCCAUGGAUCUGCUCCUGGGGGCUGCAGCCCCCCCGCCGGCCACGGCCCCCCCGCCGCUGCCCGCCAAGGAGGAGGCUCGUCCGCAGCCCGAGGGGGCCAGCUGCGACCCCGGCCCCCCCGCUCCCCCCCCCCCCGCUCCCCCCCCUCCCCCCACCACCGACCCCCUGGACACCCGCAUCGUCAUGGGGGAGGAGACGCGCUCCCCCGCCCCCCCCCGAGCUCCGGGGGGGGCCCCCCCCGCCCGCUCCGAGCCCCCCCCGGGCAGACCCCCCGCCACCAACCUGGACCCCGACCUCUUCUUCACGGCCCCCUCCACCCCCAUCCGGGUUGGGGGGGCCCGGCUGCCGCCGCCUCCCCCCCCGCCCCCCGAGGAGCAGACGGACGGGGAGAGCGAGGGGCUCUGCUCCCCCCCCACGUCCCCCUCCGGUUCCUACAUGACGGCCGAGGGGGGCAGCUGGGGCUCCUCCGGCACCGCCAGCACCUCCCCGUCCUGCUCCCCCAACCUGGUGGCCGAGGCCGAAGGCUCCGGGGAGGCCGAAGGCUCCGGGGGGGUCGAAGCGGCGGCGGGGGGGGCGCUCCCCACCUGCCUGGAGGAUCCCGCCGCCUUCACCCCACCAUCUCCCGAGGAGGAUGAGGAGGAGGAGGAUGGUCGCUUUGCCCCGCCGGGUGAUGAAGAGGAGGAGGAGGAUGGGCAGACGCCGGAGGAAGAGGAGGAUGAGGAGUGGGAGGUGUCGGGGGGCGCGGGCCUGAUCCCGGCGGCGCUGCUCCCCUUCCGCGGCAGCCUGCUCUUCCAGGCCGAGGCGGUGGAGAUCACCCCGCUGCCCCCCGGCACGGCCCCCCUGCCCCUCUGCGGCGAGGAGGAAGAGGAGGAGGACGACGAGGAAGAGGAGGAGGAGGAGGAGGAGGGCGGCAGCACCUCGGCCUCCUUCCUCCGCUCGCUGUCGGAGACCUCCAUCCCCGAGGGGGUGGACGAGUCCUUCGCCUUCCGCGACGACACCUCCGCCUCCUCCGACUCGGCCGCCUACGACGGCGAGGAAGACGAGCGGCUCUACGGCACCGAGCGCCACGCCGUGGGGGGCGAGGGGGGGCCCCAACCCCCCCACCCGGAGCCGGGGGGCGUCGAGCUCCACCUGCGCGCCGGGAUGACCCCCCAAGGGUCCCCCCGGCAUCGCCGCGGCGGGGAGCACCCCGGCGCCGAGCGGGAUGGCAGCGUGACCCCCCCGGCGGCUUCCGAGACCUUCCUCACCUCCUCCUCCUCCUCCUCCUCUUUGGAGCUGGAGGUUGACGUCCCGUGGGAGCCGGACCCUGUGCCGGAGGGGUGUCCCCCACCGCGGCCCCCCUGGAUCCCGGAGGAUUUGGGAGAGGGGAGCGGCAGCGUCUGCGCCGGGGAGCCCGGGGACCCCCGACCCGACGGGCUGGGGGCCAGCGACGUGGCACCGGCCAACGGGGAGCCCCGGGGUGGCCUUGGGAGCGAUGGCGACGCCGAUGGUGACGGUGACCACGAGCUCGGCACGGUGAGGGCGGGGAGCAGCGAGCCAGCAGCCGCCGACGGCCACGACGAGGUGGACACGGCGGCCACCGACCUGGUGCCGUUGGUGACACCCAGCCCACCGGACACUGCAGCCACCGACCCGGGACCAUCGGUGACACCCAGCCCGCCAAAUGAGCUGGAGAACGUGGCCACCAACCUGGGACCAUCGGUGACACCCAGCCCGCCAAAUGAUCUGGAGAACGUGGCCACCAACUUGGGACCAUCGGUGACACCCAGCCCGCCAAAUGAUCUGGAGAACGUGGCCACCAACCUGGGACCAUCGGUGACACCCAGCCCGCCAAAUGAUCUGGAGAACGUGGCCACCAACCUGGGACCAUCGGUGACACCCAGCCCGCCACAUGAGCUGGAGAACGUGGCCACUGAUCUGGCGCCACCGGUGACACCCAGUUUGCUGGAUGAGCCAGACACCGCGGCCACUGACCUGGCAUCGUUGGUGACGCCCAGCUUGCCUGAUGAGCUGGACACCGUGGCCAUCGAUGUGGUGCCGUCGGUGACACCCAGCUUGCCCGACACCGGGGCCACCAGCCUGGCAUCGUCAGUGACACCCGGCUUGCCCGAUGAGCCAGACACCGUGGCCACCGACCUGGCACCAUCGGUGACACCCAGCCCACCAGACACCGUGGCCACCAACCUGGUACCAUCAGUGACACCCAGCCUGCUGGACACCGUGGCCACCAACCUGGCAUCGUUGGUGACACCCAGCUUGCCUGACGAGCCGGACACCGUGGCUACCAACCUGGUGCCACCGGAGACGCCCGACUUGCCGGAUGCCGUGGCCACUGACCUAGCACCAUCGGUGACACCCAGCCCACCAGAGACCAUGGCCACUGACCUGGCGCCGCUGGUGACACCCAACUUGUUGGACACCAUGACCGUUGACCUGGCACCAUCGGUGACACCCAGUUUGCCUGACACCGUGGCCACCAACCUGGCACCGUUGGUGACUUCCAACUUGCCUGGCACCGUGGCCACCGACCUGCCAUCACUGGAAACACCCAGCUUGCCCAAUGAGCCGGACACCGUGGCUACCAACCUGGCAUCACUGGUGACAUCCAACUCGCCGGACACUGUGGCCACCAACCUGGCAUCACUGGAAACACCCAACUUGCCCGAUGAGCCGGACACCGUGGCCACCAGCCUGGCGUCAUCGUUGACACCCAACUUGCUGGACACUGUGACCACCAACUUUGCGUCAUCGUUGACACCCAACUUGCCGGACACCGUGGCCACCGACCUGGCAUCACUGGAGACACCCAGCUUGCCCGAUGAGCCGGACACCGUGGCCACCAGCCUGGCAUCGUCGUUGACACCCAACUUGCCGGACACCGUGGCCACUGACCUGGCAUCGUCGUUGACACCCAACUUGCCGGACACUGUGGCCACUGACCUGGCAUCAUCGUUGACACCCAACUUGCCGGACACCGUGGCCACUGACCUGGCAUCACCGUUGACACCCAGCUUGCCCGAUGAGCUGGACACCGUGGCCACCAGCCUGGCAUCGUCGUUGACACCCAACUUGCCGGACACCGUGGCCACCAGCCUGGCAUCGUCGUUGACACCCAACUUGCCUGGCACCGUGGCCACUGACCUGGCAUCAUCGUUGACACCCAACUUGCCGGACACCGUGGCCACUGACCUGGCAUCACCGUUGACACCCAACUUGCCCGAUGAGCUGGACACCGUGGCCACUGACCUGGCAUCACCGUUGACACCCAACUUGCCCGAUGAGCCGGACACCGUGGCCACCGACCUGGCAUCACCGUUGACACCCAACUUACCCGACAGCAUCACGUCCCCCCACGACGCCGACGAGGAGCCGCCGGCUGGGGCGGCCGCAGCCAGCGCCCCCCCGCAGCCACCAGCGUGUCCCCCGGGGCGGGGGCCGCCGGCGCAGCCCCCCGGGGCCGUGGGCGAACCCCCCGAGGAGUGGGAGGCCACCGCCUCCUCCGAGGAGUCGUCCCCGGAGCUGCUGGAGACCUCCCGCUCCCGCACCGACUCCAGCUUCUUCACCGCCCCCGAGGACAGCGCCGGGGAGGCGGCCGCCCCCCCGCCCCAGACCCCCGCAGCCCGCCGCUGCCUGGCCCUCUGCCUGCCCGCCUCGCCCCCCCCCGGCCCCCCCUCGGUUUUCACCGCCUCGGAGCAGGAGGUGUAUGUGGGGGUCCCCCCGGCCCCCCUCGAACUUCUCCAACCACCCGGUGCCUUUUCGGAGCGGGGGGCGGCCUGGCAGCGCGGGGACGACCGCCAGCAGGUCGCCGCCAUGUUGUGGGGUUCUUUUGGGGACCUGCCCCCCCCCCGGCACCCCCCCAAGCCCCCCGAGAACCCCCGGCCCCCCACGAGCCCCCCACCCCUCAGCUGGGCGAUGCCCCCCCGGGCCAGACUGCUGGGGAAACCGAUGCCAAAGUCCUGGGGGAGCGCGGCCCCCCCGGCCCCCCCAGCGAGCCCCCGAGGCAGCAGGAGGAAGAGGAGGAGGAGGAGGAGGAGGCAGCGGGGGCCGGAUCCAGCCCCCAGCCCGCUCCCGGCGCUGGUGAAGGGGGGGAUGCUCAGCCCGAGCCCUCCCCGGAGCCGGUUGGGGAAGCAGCACCCCGGCCCCCCCCCUGACCCCCCCCGGCCGCCCCCCAAAGUCAGCCAAGUGCCUCCUCUCGCCGCCGCGCCGGCGGUGCCACCGGCCCGCGACCCCCCGGAAUCCUCAGGGCUCCCCGCCGGCGAGGAGCAGCCGCCUGUCCUGCCCCCCUCCAGGAAGCACCUCGAGGCCCCCCAGCCCUCCCCACGCAAGGAGCCGGAGGCGCGGGGCAGGCAGGCGGCCGGGGGGGGGGUCAGCCGGGGCCCCCCCCGGGGGUCCCUACAGUCGGAGUCGAGCUCGUCCAGCGAGGCGGAGGCUCCGUACCCCUGCCCCGAAAUCCAGCGCCUGCGGGAAGCCGCCGGCAUCGCCCUGCGCCAGGACAAGCAGCCCCCGGCCCCCCGCCGCUGCGAGGCCAACCAUAAAGGGUCGUGUAAUGAGUCGGAGAGUAACGACGAGUCCAUCCCCGAGCUGGAGGAGCCAGAGGGUUCGGAGCCGCCACCAACCCAGACCCAGGCGCAGCUCACCCACUCGCUGGGCACCGGGGAGGAGACGGUCAGCAAGGCGAAGCAGAGCCGGAGCGAGAAGAAGGCCAGGAAGGCCAUGUCCAAGCUGGGGCUGCGCCAGAUCCACGGCGUCACCCGCAUCACCAUCCGCAAGUCCAAGAACAUCCUCUUCGUCAUCACCAAACCCGACGUCUUCAAGAGCCCCGCGUCCGACAUCUACAUCGUCUUCGGGGAAGCCAAGAUCGAGGACCUGUCGCAGCAAGUGCACAAAGCGGCGGCGGAGAAGUUCAAGGUGCCGAUGGAGCACUCGCCCCUCAUCACGGAGACGGCCCCCCCCCUCACCAUCAAGGAGGAGAGCGAGGAAGAGGAGGAGGUGGAUGAGACGGGGCUGGAGGUGCGGGACAUCGAGCUGGUGAUGGCCCAAGCCAACGUCUCGCGCCCCAAAGCCGUGCGGGCGCUUCGGCACAACAACAACGACAUCGUCAACGCCAUCAUGGAGCUGACCAUGUAGCGGCCGGGGGUGUCCCGGCCCCCCCCCCCCCCCCCCCGUAUAGAUGCACAGUUCCUCCCCCCCCCCCCCGCCUUACCCUUCCUCUAGACCCCCCCACCAUCCUCUUCCUCCCCCCCCCCCUCCGUAACGCUCAAUAAACAGCCUCAUGUAUCACUUGGAUCGCA